AGUAGCGAUGCCAACACCAAACAUCUCCGGAUCUGCUGGGAAGAGCUUCAGAAGGGCUGUUUCUGAGCUUGAUCCCAAGCAGGCUGAGGCUAUCCUGUCUCCUCGCUUCUUGGGCAGAAGGCAGAGUUUAAUAGAAGAUGCCCGGAAGGAACGGGAAGCAGCGGCGGCAGCAGCAGAGGCUGCAGAGUGUACUGAGUCUCUGGUAUUUGAGGAGAAGGAUGGGAAGGCCAUUGUCAACCUGGUCUUCUCCCUCAAGGGAAACAAACCUUCCUCCUUAUCCCGCACUCUGAAAGUGUUUGAGACCUUUGAAGCCAAAAUCCAGCACCUGGAGACACGACACGGGAAGAAGGGAACUGGAGCAAAUUCGGACUUGGAAUACUUUGUACGCUGUGAGGUUCAUCGCACAGACCUUGGCACAUUAAUGAGCUCUAUUAGAAGAGUGUCAGAAGAUGUAAGGACCACUAAGGAGGUGAAAGUUCACUGGUUUCCAACUAAAAUUACAGAACUGGACAAGUGUCACCACUUGGUGACGAAGUUUGAUCCAGACCUGGAUUUAGAUCACCCGGGUUUUUCUGACCAGGAGUAUCGCAAAAGGAGGAAGAUGAUUGCUGACAUAGCCUUCACCUGCAGGCAUGGUGAUCCAAUACCCCGAGUGGAGUACCUGCCAGAGGAAAUUGCAACCUGGAAGGAAGUUUACUCCACACUGAAGAGUCUGUACCCUACCCAUGCCUGUAAGGAGCACCUUGAUGCCUUCUAUCUGCUGGAGACCCACUGUGGGUAUAGUGAGGACAACAUUCCACAACUACAGGAUGUGUCCUGCUUUCUAAAAGAAAGGACUGGGUUUCAGCUGCGCCCUGUGGCUGGGCUACUAUCUGCUCGGGAUUUCCUCUCCAGUUUGGCUUUUCGUGUUUUCCAGUGCACCCAGUAUAUUCGACAUGCAUCUUCACCGAUGCACUCGCCGGAGCCAGACUGCUGUCAUGAGCUGCUGGGGCAUGUGCCCAUGCUGGCUGAUAAAACAUUUGCUCAGUUUUCCCAGGACAUUGGUUUGGCAUCACUUGGAGUGACAGAUGAAGAGAUAGAGAAACUGGCGACGCUUUACUGGUUUACUGUGGAGUUCGGUCUAUGUAAGCAAGAUGGAGAAACGAAGGCCUAUGGUGCUGGUCUACUAUCAUCCUAUGGGGAAUUGUUGCACUCGUUGUCACCUGAGCCAGAGGUCCGACCAUUUGAUCCAGAUGAAGCAGCCAUCCAGCCGUAUCAGGACCAGAAUUUCCAGUCAGUCUAUUUUGUGUCAGAAAGCUUUUCUGAUGCAAAGGAGAAACUAAGGAUUUAUGCAUCUCGCAUAAAGCGGCCUUUUGCCGUGAAAUACAAUCCAUACACUGUGAGCAUUGAGGUUCUGGAUUCCCCUGGACGGAUUCAAGGUUCCCUGGAACAACUUAGAGAUGAACUACAGACACUCACCAACGCUUUGAACAUACUUUCCUAACACUCCGUUCACAAUGCAGCGGACGACACCUUCUGUAUCCUCACAUAUGCUUCCUUAGUGUACCACACGCUUUACAGUCUCAGCAUCACUUUCCAGAUGCCCAUUCACCAAUUUCUGUCUCCAUAUUACAUUCUCCUCCCCAACAUUCAGUGUCUCUUCUAGCCCCAGUCUAAAUUACAUCCUCAUGUUCUUAUACUAUGACACACAGAUCAGCAAAGUGUAACUAUUAUUAUAGGGAAAUAAGGAUGGUUCAGACACUGACACCCCUUUCACACCGCCUGAGGCCGGUCACACCCGGGAACCUGACACGGGAACUCCCAGGGUGCGACCCGCCGCCGCUGUCUGCAAUCCAGCAUAUUGCCAGGUUGGUGAUGUCAGCAGUGACGCGGCGGGGGCAGCGCUUGGAGAUCACAUGAUCUGCUUUCAGACCGCACAUGAACACUGGUUAUGCGCACUCAUGUUCCAAUAACGCGUGUUCAUAGCUGGCGGUCUGAAAGGGGUAUUACAUGGCAUAGAUGACUGAGAAAGGGGCCUCUGCUAACCCCCAUGUCAUGUUACUCUUCCAUUUCCCAUCUACAUUAUUAUAUAGUUAUUAUGCUUUCUUCAGCAUUUUUUAAAAAUGCAAAAACAAAAAGUGGACAGAGCUAACCGGAUAGCUAGGGAGAAGAAACUUGGGAUUGGAAAAUCAAAUCUUGAUCUACUGUAGUACAAUUUAAUCUAACACGCACAUUGCUUUAUUUACACACAAAACCAAGCUAUUAAUUAUUACAACAAAUAUAUAUUUGUAUAGGGCCAGGUCAUGACAUUCCUUGGGGAGUAUUUACAAAUGGUAAAUAAUGUAGAGAUGCAGCUGAAAUAUUUAUCAGUGUGCCCAUAUAUUCACUAAGAAAAUAUAUUAGAGCAGCGUUUCCCAAAAUGGGUGUCAUGGCACCCUUGGAGUACCGCAAGGCACUUGCUGAGUGCCACGGCUUGCUAGGAAAAACGCUGCUACUCUAGGGUGCCAGGCUUCACAAACAUUUGGGAACCACUGUAUUAGAGAAUCCUCACAUUCCACCUUUUCCUUUUUGUCUGUGCAGGCGCUUUGGGCACCAUAUUGCAGGCUAAUAUAGUAGCAUCCCAUGACCAAGCCGAGUCUCUUUUAAUGCGAAAUUGGAGGUUAGGAAAGGCUAAUUAAUCACUAGUGGCUUCCCGGAAAAGAAUGGCAACAAUUCCUUUGUGCACUGGAAAAUGUAUUAUCCAUCACCUAUGUUGCAGGCACACCCGUAGAAGCCGGCUAGGGCUGAUGAGGCAGGAGUUGGAUUCCUACUGGAAGCUAGCUCUCUGCUUAUUGCAGCUCGGUCUGGCAGUACCAGAGGGAGGAAACAUCUCCCAAUUGGUCUGCCUGUAGUGUCUGUGACUGGCAGGUAGGACUUCCAAUAGGAAGUCACUGCCAGUCACAGUGAAGCCAGCGCAGUGUCACAGACUGCAUCUGGCUUCACUGACACUGAGCUACAGUAGGUGGCGGAUUUUACCUGGGGGGAGUGCAGUCCUGCAGCCCUUUGGUAAAAACCGCCACUGAUUAUUAUGCAUGUGAUACUGCAUUUAUUGUACAUACAAACAAGUGCUGCAUUUCUCUGCAAAUAAACAUUUACAGCUAUAGGGCCUAUUUCUGAGUUGAUCGCAGAAGCAAAUAUGUUAGCAGUUGGGCAAAACCAUGUGCAAUGCAGGGGGACAGAUAUA